GGAUUGUUUGCUUCUUUCAGCAUCUCCUGGCCACCAUGGGAAGGUCCUGGCUGGGUUUACAGCUGCUUCUCAGCUGCGCUUUGCUGCUAGCUGUGGUUGCGGUGGAAGGGAGAUGUUGCGAGGAAGAGGAGAGCUCUUCCGAAGAGGAGUGUCUCUGUGAAAAGAGGCAUCACUGCGUGGAGGAAGGUAGCAAGAAGAGGUGCCACCACAAGGAAGAGGAGUGUUGUUGUAAGAAGAGGCAUCAUCACAAAGAUAAAGGAUGUUGCAAAAUGAAGCAUUCCUUUGUAGAGGAGGAAGAGGCUGACAAAAACAAGGGUCCCCGGGUUGGAAAAAAGCAUUCUAAAAGGAGGCACCCUUUUUUUGACGAUUUGGAAGAAGCCAGUUCAGAGUCGAGUGAAAUUUUAGAGCUCAUGGCGAAGGAAGAGCAACAGAGGAUAAUGGAAAAAGCAGCUCAAAGCGACGCUGUGCCUCAAUACAAGAAGGAGCAAGCCGUCGCCUACUUCAACCGAGGAAGUAUGGGAGCCUACUACAAACAUCUGGAGGAUGGCCAGCUGGAGCUCCAGGAAGCCAUCGGUGUUAUGGUCUACGUCAAGAUGCUUUUGGCCAAGACCAACUGCACCAGACCCAAAGAGCAAGACGAGGCUGGCCUGGAAUAUUCCAGAGCCUACAUGGAGAAGGAGGGAUGCCAGCUUCUACCAAAACUCAAACAAGAGAAGUACAACUGCACCUUUGGUAUCUUCAUCAACAUGAGAACCGAAAAGAAAGCCGUUGUCAGCAAGGACUGCACUGCCGUGUCCAGAAUUAAAUUUCCUUUUUUAAAGGGUCUCACCUUCUGAUGCUCAGCUCUGGGAGGAAAGCACCCCCCUGCCUUCCCCGAUAACCGCAUAAUCACUUAGAAGCAACUACCCAGCCUCCCCACUCGCCCACCCUAAGGGGAAUCCACCGCACUCCCACCCUCAAAUCCUCAUAGCUCUUGUUCUGAAAUAGGAGAAUAAAAUUAAAUUG